AUAGAGACGAGGCUGGUGCCCAGCGUCACACCUGUCCGUCGUGCUCGUCUUCAUCUUUGUACUCAUCUUGCUGCAGCAGCAUCAUGAGCCCCAAGAAUGUCGUCUUCAAGAAGAUCUGCAAAGACAAGUCGGUGGGCGUGUACAUGGGGAGACGGGACUUUGUCGACCGAGUGGAUUCUGUGGAUCCAGUCGACGGCGUCAUCGUGAUCGAGCGCGAGGCCCUGCAGGGAAGGAAAGUGUUUGUCACACUGUCGUGUACCUUCCGCUACGGCCGCGACGACAUGGAUGUGAUGGGUGUGGCCUUCCGCCGCGAGCUCUACCUGUCCACGCGGCAGGUGUACCCGCCGCUGCAGGACCGCGAGCAGGGAGUCCACACGCGCAUGCAGGCCAAGCUGUUGCGGAAGCUGGGCGAUGACGCCUACCCCUUCUUCUUCGAGUUCCCUGACAACCUGCCGUGUUCGGUGGCAAUGCAGCCGGCGCCGCACGACGUCGGCAAGCAAUGCGCGGUGGAGUUUGAGGUGAAAGCGUUCAGCGCCGAGAGUCAGGACGCCAAAAUCCGCAAACGGAGCUCAGUCAAGCUGACGAUCAGGAAGGUGCAGUAUGCCCCUGAGGCCCAGGAGGACGCCGCUGUUGAAAUCUCACGGGACUUCUCCGUAUCGGACAAGCCGCUGCACGUGACGGCCCGACUUGACAAAGAGAUUUUCUACCACGGUGAGACUUUGAGGCUGCACCUCAACGUAGUCAACAACUCUACCAGGAAUGUCAAGAACAUGGUCAUUUCCGUGGAUCAGGUGGCCACAGUGGUGCUGUACUCCAAUGACAGCUAUGUCAAAUGCGUCGCCAUUGAAGAAGGCGAAACGGUUUCUGCGGGGGCGACGCUCCAAAAAGACAUCCUGCUGCUCCCCUUGCUGGCCAACAACAGGGAGAGGAGGGGAAUCGCCCUGGAUGGAAAACUCAAGCACGAAGACACCAACUUGGCAUCGUCCAGCAUCAUCAAGCCAGGCGUCCUGAAGGAGGUUUUGGGCAUCAUGGUGUCCUACAGGGUAUCAAUCAAGCUCAUCAUCGGAGGCAUGAUGAGCUCAAGUGAGGUUUCUCUGGAACUUCCCUUCAAACUGAUGCACCCUAAACCUGACACAGUCAAGGAAAGUGAAAUGGAGGAGGAGCUUGUGUUCCAGGAGUUCAAGCGAUCGUACCUUCGAGGCAUGAUAGGUGACGACGACGACGAGGAAGGAAACGUGUCGGGCGGCGACGACAUUACCCCAAAAGAAAAAUGAAAAUCCUGCCGAGAGUUUUGUGUUGGGUUAGCCACGUUAGCUGCAAAUUAGCAACGAUAACAAAAAAUAUCUUUCUUUUUUUUUUGUCGAUGUUUUCAUGAUCACACUCAAGCUUUACAAUUAACAAGCUGCGAGCACGUUAGCUGUGGUGAUACCUAAAGUCAGUUGAAAAGGAUUUGUAGUCAUAUUUGGUAUGAGAAAAAGCCCAAUAAAGAACUUUACAUGUCACAGUG